GACCAAACAUUAUUUACCAAGAUGGCGACGUUCCUUGCAGUUCCUCUGAAACAAACUCAGGAAGUUGAACUGACUAAACCAUUGAGAAGUUUCAUCCAAAAUACCUUUACGCAGGUGGAACCAGACGAUUACAACCAUGCAAUCAACGAGUUCAGCAAAUUGAGGAAUUUAAUGAUCGCCAAAUCUGUUGACAAACAUGAAUCAGCAUUAGAAGUCUUGUACCGGUAUUAUGACCAGCUUUGUGCAAUAGAGAACAAGCUACCCAUAGCAGAAAAUCAGAUUCGAGUGAACUUCAAAUGGAGAAAUGCCUUUGAUAAGGAAUCUUUAUUUGGUGGAAAACAAAUCUUGGGUAUUGCCUCUGGUGCUUAUGAGAAGGUGUGCAUGCUUUUUAACAUCGCAGCCCUGCAGAGCCAGAUUGCUGAAGUUCAGAACCAUGAUAGUGAUGAAGGACUCAAAACCUCCGCCAAGUAUUUCCAGAAUGCUUCAGGAAUCUAUGGACAUCUCAAAGACAUUGUACUUUCACAUGUCCAACAAGAACCCACCCCUGACCUGAGUCCAGACACACUCAAUGCCCUGAGUGCACUCAUGGUGGCCCAGGCUCAAGAGGCCAUUUACAGAAAAGCUGCUGCAGACCGGAUGAAGGAGGCCAUGGUAGCUAAGAUAGCCUACCAGUGUUCAGACCUCUACAGCGACGCCAUGAAGCUGAUGCAGCUCGCCUCCCUAAAGGAACUCUGGCCAAAGGAUUGGAUUCCAUUGGUGGCCUGCAAACAAGCUGGCUUUCACGGGAUGGCUGAGUUCUACCAGAGCUGUGUGGCCCAACAGAGCAAGUCUUAUGGUGAACAAAUUGCGCGCUUACAGAAAGCCAAUGAGCUCCUGACAGCUGCCCAGAGUAGAGGAGGUGCAGCCUUUGCCUUCAAAACAGAACAGGGUCGUGUCCAGAGAGAGCUGCAGGCAGCCAAGAAGGACAACGAUUUUAUUUAUCACGACAAAAUCCCCGAUCUGAAGAGCCUUCCGACUAUAGGCAAGGCUGCCAUUGCCAAACCAGCACCUUUCCCAAGCAAACCAAUGAGUGAAAACUUUACAGAUUUGUUUGAAAAGCUUGUUCCUAUACCAGUUUAUGAAGCUCUAACAGCUUUUGAAAACAGGAAGACACAAAUUAUGAACACAGAGAUUGGUAGAUUACGAGAGCAGACACAGCUGAUGAACAGUAUAUUAGCCUCCCUGAACCUGCCUGCAGCUUUGGAGGAUUUGUCUGGUAAGAAGGUCCCCCAGUCUGUGAUAGAGAAAGCCCAGCAAAUAAAGGACAUAGGAGGAAUACAGUAUUUAGAUAAACUAAUGAAUGAAUUACCAGAAUUACUGCAGAGGAAUAGAGAAAUUCUUAAUGAGUCGAUUAGAAUGCUAGAAGAGGAGGAAGCAUCAGACAAACAGCUGAGAGAACAGUUCAAGGAGAGGUGGACGCGCACACCCUCGGACAAACUGACCCAACCCAUGAGGGAUGAGAGCAUGAAGUAUAAACAGAUACUGGACACGGCCAUAAACGCUGACCGCAUAGUCCAGGAAAAAUACCAGAAACAUAAACAGGCCAUAGAACUACUGUCUAAAUCACCAGCAGAAAUAGACAAAGCUCUACCCUCUGGAGGUGGGGCCCAGGCGUCUGAGAGUACCGGGGUGGUAAAGAAACUACGGAAACUCAUGGAUGAUGUAGAAACCAUUAAAGCUGAGAGAGAAGUCAUAGAAAAUGAACUGAAAGAGGCCAAGUUUGACAUGACUAGCAAGUUUUUCUCGGCCCUGGCUUCAGAUGGUGCAAUCAAUGAAGAAAUGUUAUCAAUGGGUGAAUUAGACAGAAUUUACGGACCUUUACGAGAGCAAGUCAAUGAGAGUCUUAGAAAACAAGAUUCUGUCAUGGCCCAAGUUCAGCCAGCAAACUUGGAAUUUUGUCAAGCUAAGGCUUCUGAUCAAAGUGGAGCACAAAGGGAGGCAAUGCUGAAAGACCUGGCUGCUGGGUUUGAUAUGUAUAUGGAGCUGAAAAGCAACUUAGAAGAGGGAACUAAGUUCUACAAUGAUUUGACACCCCUACUAGUCCGUCUUCAGAACAAAAUUUCUGACUUCUGUUUUGCGCGAAAGACAGAGAAAGAUGAAUUGAUGUCAGAUCUACAGAAAUCUAUUGCCAGUCAGCCAACAGGACCAGCCCCACCCCCACCCAGCUACCAGAAUCCCUCAGCUACCACUGAGAGUCGGGCACCACCUGCUCGACCACCACCACCCCAGUUCUCUUCUGCAGGGCCUUCACCCUCCUCCUCCUCCAGUUCUCAGAGUGGGCCACCAAAUACACAAUCGGGGCCUCCUUCAUACUCCAGUGCCCCGUCAGGGCCUCCUAUAGGUGCUUACUCCUACCCAAGUGGCCCCCCGCCUCAAUACAUGCCUGGAAAAAUAAGUGGCACAACUAGUAGCACUACUACUAAUACAAGUAGAACAGAAGCCAAUCAUCCUUCUGCUCCGCCCUCUUCCCAGCCCCCAGCACAAAACUAUGCAGGGCCAGGUCAGCAGUCCUGGGGUAAUGCUCCAUACCCCCAGGCCGGAGGAGGGUACCAGGGGAUGCCUAUGCCAGCCAUGCCCUCAGGCUUCAACCCCUACAACCCUUACACAUAUUCCCAGCCCCAGGGGUACCCCAUGCAAGGACAUCCUCAACAAGGCUAUCCACAACAGUAUCCAGGCCAGGGCUAUCCACAGCAACAGUAUCCACAACAAGGCUAUCCGGGUGGGAAUCAACAAUAUCCUCAACAAAACCAGUGGAGAUAGACAGACAAUUUAGGUGGAUAGUGGAGAAAUAUCAUAUCCACAUCAAAACCAGUGGAGAUAGACAAACAAUUAAGGUGGAUAUGCGUGGACACAUAUUUCAAAUAUAUUGGAAAUAACAAUAUCCACAACAAAACCAGUGGAGAAAGACAAAUACUUUAGGGAUAUUCUCUUAUUUAAAGUUAUCAAGCAAGACACAAAAAGAGAUUUUUCUGGGAAAAGAAAAACUUUUUUUUGGUCAUACAGUGUACUGUGCUUCUUUUUGUGUUUCAUUAGACCAAUGUGAUAAUUAUUUUCAAUUAUAUAUAUAUUGAUUAUUAAUUUGAUUUUUUAUGUCAUAAUAAUGUGAUUACGAUACAUGUACUGUGAAUCCAAUGAAGAAGAGUGAUGUGUCAAGCAACGUUUUACUGAUUGAUUUUGAGAGUGAAUUCAGAUUUUCUUACUGCAAUUGUACAUGUCUCUCUUUACUUUUCUGAGUCUUGUUUUACAACAGUAGAGCAGAAGUUUGCUAAAGAAAUGGAAAUGAAACACAUGUGUUAUAUACAUGUACAUGUAUUUAAAAUGACUUUUAAGCUUCAUUUUGCAAACUAAGUGAGAUAAUACCAGUAUGUAUAAAUGAUUUGUAGGUAAGAAUUUCCAGUGGAUGAAUUUUUUUUUCAAAAGUAAUGUAGUUAAAUAUCAUGUGUUGAGGAAUAGUCAUUUUAACAUAUCUUACCAGCACUGGAAGAGAACAGAUAAAAAUUACCUACAUACUCAAUAAUAUGUACUUGUCAUAGAGGAAACUACAAUUAUUAUAAAUGUUUUUACAUUUUGAUUUACACAUCUGUGUUCAAUGUUAAAUUAGAUUCUGAAACGUGGUAAAAAAUUAAUUAUUUCAACCAUAAUGCUUCUUUUACUUAAUUAAAAGUUAUUUGUUUUAACUUUUUUCUUCAUGUUUGGCAUGUAAAUGUACUGUUAUGUGUACCGUUCAACCUUAAAAGAUGUAGAACAGACAGCUACAUUUACAAAUGUGCAAGUUGAAAACACAUUUAUGAUAAAAUAAAACAUUUUUAAAACUU